CACGGCCUCGUUGACAAGCGUAGUGAGUGCCCGGCGAAUCCAGAACUUUCCUGCGUUACCGUGCGAGUCUGGCUGUAGCCGGGCACAGGUGCUGACAUUCGGGCUGUGGGCACCGCUGGCUCUACCCUCUGCAUCUUCGUGCGGCACCUGAAAGUGUCGGUCACCGUCAUUGAAUAGAGUCUGAUAUCAGGGGGAUCAAGUACAAUGACAGACGUCGCAGGGUCUCAGACUGCACAGUUUUCCGAUAGUUACAUCACUGAAAAUCCCCAAAGAUCUUUAGAGGAGCUGACAAAGGCACUGGAAGAGAAAUCCGAUGAUGCCGCAUACUACAGCCAAAGAGCUUAUGCUCACAUACUUCUUCAGAAUUACAAUGAUGCUGUUUUGGAUGCGAAGAGGUCCCUCGAGCUCCAGCCUAACAAUGCAAACGCUUUCCUCAGGAAGGGGGAGGCUGAAUUCCACUUAAAGAAUUACUCAACUGCACAAGAUUCAUUUGAACAAGGCCAAACAUUGAAUUCAUCGGAGUCAUCAUUUUCUUCAUGGAUCAAGAAGUGUGAAGAAAUGUUAAACAGUUCGUCAUGUCCUGAACUGCAGUCCACUAACCAGAAGAAAGCAUUACCAUACAGACAUGACUGGUACCAAACAGAAUCUCAGGUCGUCAUUACAGUAAUGAUCAAGAAUGUGCAGAAGGAAGAUGUACACAUAUGGUUUACUGAGAGACAGUUGAGUUUAAAUGUGAACUUUCCGUCAGGAGAAAAUUACAACCUGACUCUCUUCUUAUUUCACUCCAUUGUGCCAGAACAAAGUACAUUUAAAGUGCUUUCAACAAAGAUAGAAAUAAAAAUGAUGAAGACUGAAGCUAUUCGAUGGGAUAAACUGGAGGGCCAGGCUGAGCGUCCGAUUAAACAUUUCGCACCAGAAUCCAUGCACAAAUACCCAUCAUCCUCUCAUUACACCAAGAACUGGGAUAAACUGGUGGUUGAGAUCAAAGAGGAGGAGAAAAAUGAAAAAAAGGAGGGGGAUGCUGCACUAAACGAACUUUUCCAGCAGAUUUACUCAGACGGCAAUGAUGAAGUGAAACGCGCCAUGAACAAGUCAUUUAUGGAGUCUGGUGGGACAGUCCUUAGCACAAACUGGUUAGAUGUGGGCAAAAGGAAAGUAGACGUUAGUCCUCCAGAUGACAUGGAAUAUAAGAAGUUCUAACAUUCAUCCCAGGAGCACAAUGAAAGUCUACAUUUAUCCGAACACCCUGGUGCCCAACAACUAGGUUGUCGAGCUUUUUAUGUCCUUGCUGUGCAUCAUUCAGAAUGUCUCUUCGAGAAUGCUUUGUGUUCGCCGCUUGUGUUAAAUGUUGCAAGAGAUUGAGUCACAAGUCUACCUUAUCCAUUAUUACUGUGCUGUGGGAAGGAGCCAGACUGGGGCUUUAUGCACAGCCAUUGUUAAUGCGCAUUGAGUUAUUUUUAUUGGUACUUGGGGUAGCAAGGUUUUUCACUUCUGACAGGCUGUUGUAAAUUUCUCACUGUGACCUACUGUUUGCCCCUUUUACGAACUGCAAAAUAUAAAUUUACUUUUUCAAAAAAAAAA